CUCUAAGAGAAGAAUCGCCAGUGUCUUGCAGCGCUGAUUAACUAAAACACAAGUUUCAAAGCCCAUCCAAAACGGAUAUUUGAUUUCCCUUCUUUUUCUUCGCAACACAAGAAUUUCAAAACUGUCAACGUCGUCAGGUUCUACAAGAGCCAGGCCAUACCGUCAUCAUGAAAAACGGGAUUCAAUACCAAGUCAAAGUAACGAUCAUCGGAGCCCGCCAAGUGGGGAAAUCAGCUCUAACGGUUCGCUACCUAACGCGGCGUUACAUCGGUGAAUACAAAUCGCACACAGAUUUAUCAUAUCGGCAAGUUUUCUGCAUAGACGGAUCGAGCGUCGAAGUUGAAAUCGUCGACGUCUCUAAUCAUCCGGAGGAUACGAGCGUGCCGACGACACGAGCCAAAAACAGCGACGCCUGCGUCGUUGUCUACUCGAUUUCCGACAGGACAAGCUUUGAAGCAGCACACGAAGCUCUUAUCGCCCUGCAGACAAACAACUCGACCAGUUGCCAGCGAAAAUCUUUUGAGGACGACAACAAAGAAGAACACGAAAUCAAUCUAUCCCCGCUGUCCGUACCUGUCGUCUUGUUGGCCAAUAAAAAAGAUCUCGGACAUCUAAGACAGGUUAAUGCGGCAGAGGGAAGGGAGCUGGCCAAACGGUUUUCAUGCGUUUUCUGCGAAGUUUCAGCGGCAGAUCCGGCCGAAAGCGAACCGGAAGAUUUGGCCGACAUUUUCAAUCAAUUGAUCAAGGAAGCGCGGAGUUUCAAAAUCAGGCAACAGGAUGCCAAUAACAACGCGAAUAACAACAACGGAAGCAGUCAUAACAGCCGACAGCGGAAGCGUUCCGUCUACAUCAUCAAUCGAAUGCUCGGUUCGCUGAUGGGUCGUAAUUCGAUGCCACCUGAACUACCUUCUUCUCGCAAGGGAGGCACUUCUCAAAUGGCAUCUUCCAUGCCAAACGUGGCAGGUUCGUUCCGAUCUGUUUUCAAAAAACGGUCCGUCUAAUAUCCAUCGCUCCCUAGUUGCCAUUAUAUUAUAAGAGAUUUCACGCAAAAAUACUCUCUUUACCUGAUGUCUAUAUCACAAAUUUGUACGUGCAAAAACAAAAAUGGAUUCGACAUUUAUUUUGAAAUUGAAUCAAAGUGAAAAAUUGUAUGGCAAUGGCUGUUAUUGAAUUGGAUUCUCGAUAUCAAGAGAUUUCGCUGUUUUUACUUCUACACGCAAAAUUUGAUAAAAUUAAUCCAAAAUGUGUUUCUUAUUUUAUGUAAAAAAAAAGUAGAGUGACGGAGAAAUUGUGUAAAAAUAUUUUGAUUUCCCAACUUCAAAAUUCUUUAUUUUGAUCAAACAAAUGGCUCAGAAAAUUUGAUAUGUUUGAAUAUGUGAUAAUAUCGGUUGUUAUGUUUGUCACAAUUAUUGGUCGAUUGUGUUUGCGCGUGAAAGAAUUUAACAGUUUCUUCCCUGUGAUGUUGAACGAAUGAAAAUGAAAGAAUCUCACAAUGA